AUGGCAGCCAAGUCCAUUUUUGACACGCCGUACAAGAAGCUCCCCAACCCCAAGCAGGUGUGGAUGGGACACCCCGGAAGCCGGGAAGAGGGACUGGGAAAGCUCGCCAUCCUCACACCAGAGGUCGUCUCAAAUGCGGCGGCAUCUGAGAUUCGCACUGGCCGUCGAGUCACGAUGGGAUGGGAGAUGACCAAACUGGACUAUCCCAAUCUCAACCGCCAGCCGUGCCAGCACCAGAUCGUCCCACUGUUGGGCGGCAUAGCCUUUGACGACAUCUACCACAUGAAUCCCCAACAGAGCAGCCAAUGGGAUGGGCUUCGCCAUUUCUCCCAGACCGUCCCUGGCCAGAGCGAGCGUGUCUUCUACGGGGGCACAACUAGUGAGGAAAUCAACGAUCGAAAGAAUGACCGAAUUGGUCUGCAGCACUGGGCCAAGGAGGGCAUCGCAGGCCGUGGGGUGUUGAUCGACUACGCUGGUUGGGCCGAGAAAAACGGUAUUGAGUACAGUACCUUCUCGACUCAUCAGGUCCGCCUGUCCGACAUCCAUGAGAUUGCCAGAGAAUGCGGCAUCACAUUCCAGAAGGGCGAUAUCCUGUUCGUGCGCGUUGGGGUUACCAAGGAAUGGGACACCGUCAUGACAGACGCUCAGAAGCAAGAAUACUCCGACAACAGCAGCCCCUCUCACGCUGGCGUGGAGGCCACUCCUGACGUGCUGCGAUGGCUGUGGGAUACAGGAUUCUGUGCGAUCGCCAGUGACGCGAUUAGCUGGGAGGUUUACCCGCCUCAGUCGGAGGUCUUUCUGCACGAAUAUGUCCUGGCCGGAUGGGGGAUGCCGAUUGGCGAGCUUUUCGAUCUGGAGGCACUCGCGCAGAUGUGCAGCGAGCACCAGCGCUGGAGCUUCUUUGUAGCAUCGAUUCCACUAAAUAUGCCAGGGGGGGUCUCAUCGCCGCCGAAUAUCAUGGCCAUCUUUUGA